GUACCCCCUGCCCCCUGCUCGACUCCACUGGUCCGCAAGGAAAAGUGGGAACGAAAACUCCCCCAGCGCUAUGUAGUCGCGGCCUCCCCUGGCGCCAACUCCCUGCACCUCCCCUUGGAGAUCCAGUCCACUGACAAUGCGGUCCAGCUCUCUCUUAGCGGACUGGUCAACUGCGGCGCCACCUCGGACUUCAUCGACUCCACCUACACCUCUGAAAACCGACUUCCGGUCCGGCAGUUCUCCCAGCCUAUCCCAGUCUACAAUGUGGACGGCACGCCAAACAAAGCUGGCUCCAUUUGA